CAUCUGACUACCUAGUCUCGACCUUUCUGGUCUAUUGUAUGCAACUCGGACACCUCGACACAUUCCUCUCCUAAGGCAUCUCAUUCGUUUGUCUUAUACGGGUAUUCGCGCGAUCCCUACCUCCAUUAAGCCCCACAUCAUACUCUCUGUUUGUGUCUGUCUCUAGCCUAUUUGAUUUCUGUCAUCCUCAACUGGUUUACCAAUCCUUCACGGUAAACUUGAGGUAUGACGUGAUCUGGCAAAGGGCAUCUCGCUUUUACCACGUAAUGGAACAGCCCCGAUCCUCGACACCUACCGAUAUACCGACUGCUGUUCCGCCUCCAUCCGCCGACCGUGCCACUGAUACUAUCGCAGCCGAAUCGAGUCAACCAGACAGCCUCGAUCACAUCUCCAAUUCUGUGCCGUGCCUACGAUUUCCCCGACCAGUAGGCAACCGGAAACUCACCAACUGGGUUUCCUCCAGUUCGCCCGACAUUAUGCAACCUGAAAAUAUCCCAGACGACGAGCCCAGCCUCGCCGAGCUAGGUUACGAUGUUAUCGGUACCGAUGGAGAGAGUCAAGCCGAGUCGACCGCUAGCUCUCUUGACUAUCAAAGACCUGAUGAUGUCCAGAGCCUGGGCGGCACCGAUACCGGCACUGACGUCGACACUAACGACGCCGACACCGAUUCAUCCGACGAGGAGGAAGAGGAGGAGGAGGCCACCGCGCUGAAUGACGCCGCUGUCAUUAGCACAAUUAGUAGCACCGUCGUCGAGUUUACUGGCGAUGCCGAUGACGAGGAUGCCGAUGUCGAGACUCUUGCGAAUCAGAGCCUCGAGAACCCUACGGACUUUUCUCAGCAUGGCUUCCCGGCCCUGUCUCGCCUCUCACAGCCGGACCAGAGCGAGACUCGGGAGAUCUCAUCAAUAAAGAAGUCACCAGUUCAAAAUGCCGAGUUGGGUGAACGUAUCAAGCAUGCGCUGUCAUCGGAGCAGAAUGAGCCUCAGUACCACGGUCUUGACACCUACCGUUUGACUCUCAGAUACGUUCAAAGAAACAGACGUGCUCUAGUGGCUUUAUCCGGGCUUGCUAUACUCUACAGCCUCGCCAUCACUGGCAGGUACUUACUAUUUAGUCCACCGACUCCAAGAAUUUUAUCUACGGUCCCGGUGGCGGCGGUCUCUUCUGCUGCCGUUCCCUCGCCUACCGGGAGUUCCGCGACUACCCCAGUGACCCCGCCCACUUUAGCACUGGCGCAAACGCAAAAGGCCUUACAGACCGGUAGUAGCUCGCCGAGUAGUCUUAUGUUUGUGCCAUUCGGAAAGGACAAGGCACAGACAGACCUCGCUAAGCAACCUGAGCAACAUCCCAUCUGCUCAGCAGAGCUAUAUGAUCGCAAUGAGAUCAUGGUGAAGAUCCCGCAGGGUUUGAAGUCUGCUUGGCUCUCAAGGGACGCCAUCUUGAUCGCGGUGAGUCGGGGUCUCUAUGAUAUUCCGACUAAGGUAUCCUCUGUAGAGGAAGGGUUUUUGAUCGAAGUACCGCUGGAGGAGGCACAAGAUGUGUUGGCGGUAUCUAUUGCGACAACAUGGAAACCCAAGAUCCAGGAGACAUUCCAGAUCGACUUUGGCCGGAAUAAAUUCAUAGGUGCCUUGGAUGCUGGCAAGCAGUUGGUCAAGGGGUUCGCACAGAGAUUCGUCGACACCGUCAAUGAGACAACGGCAUGGGUUGAAGAGACCUACAUUCCGGCCUUAGACGUCGUGUCCAAGCAGGUCUGUAGUCAGACAUCGUCUGUUUCCGACUCCCUGCGACAGUCGCUCAGAGAUGUUGGUAAUGCCGUCCUCGGCCUUCCAUCACAGAUUACAGCCCAGGUCGCCGCCCAGGUCAAGCUACCGUUCAACAGUGACGAUAUGGCGCAACGCAAACAUCAAGUGCAGUUGCAAUUGAUACGGGAUGCUCAGGAUCUACGUGACGAAUUUGCUUUGCGUUACCUCUCCGCGCAGCUAAGAUCUAAGCUCUGGUGGCUACGGGCACGAGGAAGAACCGAAGAAUACCAGCGUUAUUUAUCUAAGGCAGAGGUUCAUCUGGAGAAGAAAGUCGCCGAUGCCAAGGUAGCUAAACAGGCGAGAGCCGAGCACAUCAAGAAACUGAUACGGUCCCGGCGAAAGCACGAACACCGUGACACAAGAGGUUCUUUCUGGCGUAAGGGCACGCGGCAAUCCCAUAACUGAUCCCUCUACUUCUGAGCACUUUAUAUCAUACGGUCGGCUAGGGCAACUCAGGAACGGCGUUGGGAUUUAGUGAUAUAAUGGUCUUUGCUAUUGUUUUCCCUCUCGCCCUUGGUCUUUCCAUCCCGACAUCACUGUAGAGGCAGGCAGUUAUCCUGCCGAAUCUCCCAUUUCUUCUCUUUUCAUUCCCCUCGCCUUCCCGGCAAUGCCUAUAUGAAAGGAUGGGCGACUGGAGAUAUGACAGGAAACUCCGUUUCUUUUUCUUUUCCCCGUUUGAGUGUUGCUCGGGAACCAGGGUUAGGCGCAAUACUUAACGGGUGUUUUCAUCCCCAAUCCCAUUCGGCAUCGUGACGGA